GGCCCCCCAAAAAAGAAAAAGAAAAAAAAUUAAGAAAGCCCCCCUCUCCGCGCCUCACGCUUGCCAGGAUUGCAAAUAUCUCCAAAAAAUAUACCUGCUAUUUAUGGCAUGUGGCUUGUAACUUUACUCCUGCUGUACUCUCUCCAAGAAGUACACAGUGAGGAUGCGGGCUCUACCCGGCUGUACUUUGUGAAUGCCUCCCUGCAGAGGGUAACCUACUCCAGCUCGGUGGGGGUGUCCCUACCCUGUCCAGCAGGGGGCACCCCCAGUGCCAUUCUGCGCUGGUACCUGGCCACUGGCGACGACAUCUACGACGUGCCCCACAUCCGUCACGUGUACGCCAAUGGCACCUUGCAGCUGUACCCGUUCUCGCCCUCUGCCUACAACAGCUACAUCCAUGACAACGACUACUUCUGCACCGCCGAGAACCAGGCGGGCAAAAUCCGCAGCCCCAACAUCCGCAUUAAAGCUGUUUUCAGGGAGCCCUACACUGUGCGGGUGGCGGACCAGCGCUCGAUGCGGGGCAACGUAGCUGUGUUCAAGUGCCUCAUCCCCACAGCCGUGCAGGAGUAUGUCAGUGUCGUAUCCUGGGAGAGAGACACGGUUUCUAUCGUUCCAGGGAACAGGUUCUUGCUGACCUCCUUUGGCGCUCUAUACAUCUCAGAUGUUCAGAAGGAGGAUGCCCUCUCCACCUACCGGUGCAUUACCAGGCAUAAAUACAGCGGGGAGACGCGCCAAAGCAAUGGAGCCAGGCUCUCUGUAAUGGACCCCAAUGAGUCCUCACCCACAAUCCUGGACAGUUUCCAAUCAGGGGAGGUGUAUGCAGGCCAGAGUAUCGAGCUCCCCUGCAUAGCAGGAGGUUACCCCAGCCCGACUGUGCGUUGGCUAAAAGAUGGCCGACCGCUGCCCUCGGACGCCCGCUGGACACGGCGUUUGACGGGGCUGACCAUCAGUGACCUGCGACAGGAAGACAGCGGCAACUAUGCAUGCGAAGUCACCAACAGCUUUGGCUCGAAGGAAGUGUCUGGACAGCUUCACAUAAUAGAUCCACUUCGAGUGACCUUAUCGCCCAAGAACCUGAAAACGGGAAUUAGCAGCACACUCUUCUUCACCUGCACUGUGGAAGGUUCUCCGGAAUACACCAUCAACUGGUACCGAAACACGGAACCCAUCUUCCCCGACCAGCACAUCUCCAUCCAGGGUCAACACAAUGACACCCUGCAGAUCACCGCAGCACAAAAGUUCCACUCUGGGGCCUACCAGUGCUUUGCUUCACGCAAGGGCCACACAUCUCAGGACUUUUCCAUCAUUCUGCUCGAGGACGGUACCCCUCGUAUCGUGACGUCCUUCAGCGAGAAGGUGGUGAACCCCGGCGAGCCUUUCUCCCUCGUGUGUGAGGCCAAAGGAGCACCGCCGCCUUCCAUCACCUGGACGCUCGACGACGAACCCGUGGUGCGAGACUCCACCUACAAGACCAGCCAGUACACCCAGUCCGACGGCCUGACCGUGUCCCACGUCAACGUCAGCAACCCGCUCAUCCGGGACGGGGGAGUUUAUCGUUGCGUCGCACGCAACUCGGCCGGCAGCGCCGAGUACCAAGCGCGCAUAAACGUAAGAGGUCCACCCCGAAUCAGACCCAUGCGGGACAUGACGGCAGUGGCAGGCAGGAACACGUACAUAACAUGCCGUGUCAUUGGGUACCCUUACUACUCCAUUAAGUGGCUGAAGGACGGCAUGCAGCUGCCCGAUAAUCACCGCCAAGUGUUGUUUGACAAUGGCACCCUGCGGCUGACGGACGUGCAAAAGGGUGCUGAUGAGGGCACCUACCUUUGUAGUGUUCUGAUCCAACCCCAGGUGUCAAUCAACCAGACCGUGCAUGUUACUGUUAAAGUGCCACCUCUCAUCCAACCCUUCGACAUCCCCUCGACCUCAGUGGGGAAGCUCAUCUACAUCGCCUGCGUCGUGUCAUCCGGGGACAUGCCCAUACGUAUCACCUGGCACAAAGACGGCCAGCUCAUCGUGCCCGGGCCCACCUCUGGCGUUGCGAUCGAGACCAAAGAGUUCAUGAGCUCCCUCCAAAUUUCCAAGGUGACACUAAAACACAAUGGAAACUACACCUGCAUCGCCAGCAACGCUGCCGCCACCGUCAGCUGGGAGCGACAGCUCAUUGUUACCGUACCACCGCGCUUUGUGGUGCAGCCCAACAACCAGGACUGCAUCUACGGCAAAGCCGGAGUUCUCAACUGCUCUGUGGAGGGUUACCCGCCCCCAAAGGUGAUGUGGAAACACGCCAAAGGUAAAGUCAUUGCGGCAUUCCCAGCAGUUAGUUCUACAGCCGCUCAAAUAAAGAAGAAAGUAAAAAAAGCGUUUGGUCGUGCAGGUGUAGGAAACCCCCAGCAGUACCAUCCAGUCCCGCUAACUGGUCGCAUCCAGAUCAUGUCAAACGGAUCGCUGCUCAUCCGACAUGUGCUGGAGGAUGACCGCGGAUACUACCUGUGUCAGGCCUCCAAUGGAGUGGGCUCAGACAUCAGUAAAAGCAUGAUCCUCACUGUCAAGAUUCCCGCAAUGAUCACCAGCCACCCCAACACCACCAUGGCCAGGAAGGGCCAGACCAAGGAGCUGAACUGCACGGCCCGAGGCGAGCAGCCCAUCAUCAUCCGUUGGGAAAGAGGGGACACGGUCAUCGACACGGAGAGAAACCCCCGUUAUUCAAUCACCAUCAACAAGAAGGGCGAUGAAGUCAUCUCCACCCUAAAGCUGAACCCCGCAGACAGAGGAGAUUCUGUCUUCUUCUCUUGUCACGCCAUCAACUCCUAUGGAGAAGGUCGAGGUCUCAUCCAACUCACUGUGCAAGAACCGCCAGAUCCCCCUGAGCUGGAAGUAAGGGAGGUGAAGGAUAGGAGCAUGAACCUACGCUGGAUCCAAAGGUUUGAUGGCAACAGCAUCAUCACAAGCUAUGACAUUGAGUACAAGAACAAGUCAGACUCCUGGGAUCAUAUGUACACAACCAGAAACAUCUCGCCCACCAACAACCAAGCCAACAUUGUCGAGUUGCACCCGGCUUGUGUGUACAGCAUCCGCAUGUAUUCCUACAACAAGAUAGGCCGUAGCCUUCCAAGCAAAGAGCUGACGAUCAGUACAGAAGAAGCACCGCCUGAUGGGCCGCCAAUGGAUGUGAUCCUGCAGCCCAUGACAUCACAGAGCAUUCGGGUCACAUGGAGGGCACCGAAGAAGGAGCUGCAGAACGGUGUUAUCCGCGGCUACCAGAUUGGCUACAGAGAAAACGGUCCCGGCAGCAACGGCCAAUAUAGUAUCGUGGAGAUGAAAGCUACCGGAGACAGCGAAGUAUACACCCUAGACAACCUCAAGAAGUUUGCUCAGUACGGAGUGGUGGUCCAGGCCUUCAACAGGGCUGGGACGGGGCCUUCUAGUACGGAGAUCAAUGCAACCACACUGGAAGAUGUGCCCAGCGAACCCCCUCAGAACGUACGAGCCAUCUCGGUCACGUCGGAUGAGGCGGUGAUCACAUGGGCAGAGCCUCCACGGCUGACGCUGCACGGUGUGCUGAAAGGCUACCGGGUUGUGUUUUGGUCCCUCUUCCCCGACGGAGAGUGGGGAGAGAUGCAGAACAUCACAACCACACGUGAGCAGGUGGAGCUGCGAGGACUGGAGAAGUUCACCAAUUACAGUGUUCAGGUGCUGGCGUACACACAAGCUGGCGACGGGGUCCGCAGCAAUGUGCUGCACAUCCAAACUCGUGAAGAUCUUCCCGGCCCACCGGCUGGCAUCAAGGCAGUUCCUUCGUCUCUUAGUAGCGUGGUCGUGUCCUGGUUGCCUCCCCACAAGCCUAAUGGUGUCAUCCGCAAGUACACCAUUUACUGCUCCAGCCCGGGGUCUAGACAGCCGGCUCCCAGUGAGUACGAGGCCAACCCGGAAAUGCUCUUCUACCACAUCACGCACCUGAGCCGAGGCAAACAAUACCACAUCUGGGCCGCUGCCGUGACGACUGCUGGCCGGGGCAACAUGAGCUCAAAGGUCAUCGUGGAGCCAGCCGGAAAAGUCCCAGCCAAAAUUUUGUCCUUUGGGGGCACGGUGACCACGCCCUGGAUGAAGGAGGUUCGUUUGCCCUGCAAGUCUGUGGGGGAGCCCGCACCAACCAUCAAAUGGACCAAAGACAGCGACGACUCGGCCAUUCCAGUGACAGCUGACAGUCAGCGGCAGAUUUUAUCCAAUGGCACGCUCGUGCUGCGUUCCGUCAAAGCAGAAGAUUCGGGCUACUACACAUGCACGGCCACCAACACCCUUGGUUUUGACACCAUCAUUGUCAAUCUCGUAGUGCAAGUUCCUCCAGACCAGCCCCGCCUGACUGUCUCCACCACUUCCACCUCUUCCAUCACCCUGGCUUGGAUCCCGGGGGACAACGGUGGAAGUUCCAUCAGAGGCUUCGUGCUUCAGUAUUCAGUGGACAACACCGAGGAAUGGAGGGACGUUUUCAUCAGUUCCAGCGAACGUUCCUUUAGGUUGGACAAUCUGCGCUGUGGAACGUGGUACAAGGUGAAACUGGCAGCAAAGAACAGCGUGGGCUCCGGUCGCAUCAGUGAGAUUAUUGAAGCCAAAACACACGGCAGAGAGCCCGUGUUCAACAAGGACCAGCCGCUUCUCACCCAUAUCAACUCCACCCAUGCAGGCCUCAACCUGCAAGGUUGGACCAGCGGCGGUUGCCCCAUCACUGAUAUGAUGCUGGAUUUCAGGCCCAAAGGCACCUGGGCCUGGCAGAGCCUGAAAGCCAAUUCCACUACUCAGCUCUUCCUCAGUGAGCUGCGGGAGGCAACCUGGUAUGAGCUCAAAAUGAAGGCCUGCAACAGCGCUGGCUGCGGUAACCAGAGCUUCCAGUUUGCCACCACCGAUUACGAUGGAAGCACAAUCCCUCCCAUUAAAUCCGCCCGUGGGGAGGGUGACGAUGUGAAAAAGUUGUUUUCCAUCGGCUCUCCUGUCAUCCUGGUCACCAUUGGUGUUGCUCUGCUCUUCAUUAUCCGCAAGAAGCGUAAAGAGAAGAGACUGAAACGACUUAGAGAUGCUAAAAGCCUUGCUGAGAUGCUCAUCAGUAAGAACAAUCGCAGUAUUGACACUCCGGUGAAGGGCCCUCCGCAGGGGCCACGGCUCCACAUUGACAUACCCCGCGUUCAACUCCUCAUUGAGGACAAGGAAGGCAUCAAACAAAUAGGAGAGGACAAAGCUGCGGUGCCAGUGACAGACACAGAGUUCAGCCAAUCAGUCAACCCGCAAAACUUCUGCACAGGCGUGUCUCUUCACCAUCAAGCCCUCAUCCAGAAUUCUGGACCUCUGAUUGACAUGUCUGACAUUCGUCCUGGCACUAACCCUGUUUCCAGAAAGAGUAUCAAAUCAGCCCACAGCUCCAGAAACAGAUACUCCAGUCAGUGGACGCUCAGCCGACCCAGUCAAAGCCAGUCCACAGCCUCCGCGCGAACUCUGACCUCAGACUGGCGGACCAUGGGCUCUCAUGGCAUCACCGCCACUGAGAGUGACAGCUACAGCGCCAGCCUCUCCCAAGACACAGAUAAGGGUCGUAACAGCAUGGUGUCUACGGAGAGCGCCUCGUCUACCUACGAGGAGCUGGCCAGGGCGUACGAGCACGCCAAGCUGGAGGAGCACCUGCAGCACGCCAAAUUCACCAUCACGGAGUGCUUCAUCUCCGACAGCUCCUCUGACCAAAUGACCACGGGCACCAACGACCCAGCGGACAGCAUGACCUCCUUGAGCACGCCGUCCGAGCCGGGCAUCUGCCGCUUCACCGCCUCGCCGCCCAAACCGCAGGACUACGACCGUGGUAAAAAUGUGGCUGUGCCCAUUCCUCAUCGCGCAAACAAAAGUGAAUUCUGCAACCUCCCCCUUUACAUGAAGACGGAUCCCUUCUUCCGCAAGCAAGGGGAACUGCACGAUCCUUGCCCGGCCGUGCCCCCGCGGGAGGCGUCCAUCCGCAGCCUGACGCAGCGUGCGUAUCACACGCAGGGCCGCCACAAGACUCUAGACUCUGCCAAGCAGCAGGCGCUGACGCUGGGCCACUCCGGACUGGGCAGUUUGGGUGCCGGCUCGGGCACGGCCACCUUGCCCCAGAGGACUCUCACCAUGCCCAGCUCCAACGUGGCGGCCACCGCCUCCACGUCCAGCACGAGCAGUAACCCCACCAACAGCGGCAACAAGAUGGGCGGCUCCAGAGACUCGCUGCUGGAGAGCAGCUCCUCCGCGUUGGGCCGGCUGCAGAAACAGAGCGCGGGGGCUUACUCCAAGUCCUACACGCUGGUCUAGUCCAUUCGGUGCCGUCCCACCCCGCGGCCCGGCCCUCAAAGGGCACGCGGCCGCAUUUUGUACCCAACUAAAGGUGAGCUGCCCGCUGCCCUCUCCAUAGGUGUCCUCCUAUGCAGAGACUCAGCUAACUUUGCUUUUUAAUCUCCACGAGGGACUCUCGAAAAGAACUACUAACUCCCAACUAACAGUUAUGGCCGUCUGAUGCUGAGUUCUGGAGUUGUGCAGCCAAAUAUUAAUUAUCUGUGUGGAGCAAAAAGCUCUGAGUCCAUGAUGGCCAGGACUACAUGUCUUAUACGUACGUACACACACACACACACACACUUUCAUAGUUUGAGUAGUACUGACCAUUUGGAGGACUUCCAGUUCAGUUCCUUCUUCUUCUUCUAUCGUUUGCCCUUUGUAUGUCUCUCUCAUAACUAUUGGCAAUCGUCCUCGAAAAGAUGUUCAGAUUCACUUCUAAAAGUCUCGAUUAUCUCGACAGGUGUCAUGCCCUGUGACUAUAUUGUGAAGUCAGGACAACUCAAAUGAACCAUCUGCAAUUACCCCACGUUGCAAAUAGAGAAUGUUUGCUAUUUAAAAAGAUUUAACAUAUAUAUUUCUAUGUAGGUAUAUUGACGUCUAAAUCUAAAUAAAAGAAAUGCUAUGCGCUACGGCAGUGUAGUCAUAUUUACAGAAGUCAGUUAUUUACAAUACCAGACGGUCAAAUUUAAGAAGAAUGAGACAAUCGCUCAAUCAUGAAAAAAAAAAAAAAACAUUUAAUAAAGGUUUGACUAAAAAAAGAAUUAAAGUUAAGUAUGGAUGUUCUGAAUAAAUGUGAAAUAUAAGUGUCACUAUGUGGAAAUGGGAAAAGGCAAGAUUGACUCAUUAUUUAAUAUUAUUAUUAUCAUCAUUAUUAUUAUUAUUAUUGUAUUGGGUGACUGGAUGAUUCACAUUCUAGUUGAAGUCGGUCUUUGCAUUUUAUGUGCAUUUCAUGAAUAAAAUCACUCCCAAACUUCAGUCCGGUGUCUUUCACCAGCAGAUGCUGCUGUUAUCGUCAUGACAACCAGCGCCCAGUCAACCCAGUUGAAGGAAUCCCAGUAGCGAUGUGAGCGUUUAGACGUUUUUAAUGCCUGGGUUUUGAGUUGAGUGCAAGUUAGCAAAUCGUCACCCAAUGAAUAUCUUCCUUGAUGUCCUGUCUGAAGUACUGUAAAAUGUCCCUCAAAUAUGUACAUUCACACAAGAAGCUACUGGAAUGCCUCUCUGAAGCAUCUCCGUGAUAGGUUUUGUGCUUUAUAUUUAUCUUGUACGUUUGUUUCGGGGCGGGUUUAUCUGUUGGUCGUUCCAUUUUCAUCGGAGUUAGUUGGGCUUUAAUGAAAAUGUAGAUUCUAGACUAAAGUCAAGUACGUGGCCUGUCAGCCAAAGCAAAUCAGGGACUCGUAGCUCUUUAUGUCACACAAACUGCUAUUAUGUAUAUAAAUAACAGAGUGGAGGAUGAAUGUCAAAAUGAUGCAUUCGGGCUCCUCUCACUUGCCCCCCCCCCCCCCUUGCAGAUGAAAGAAAAGUGAAAAUAUUCUGACCCCACAACCAUAUUAGAUGCAGCAUCUGCUACUUUUGUCUGUGUUGUUUAUAGAUAGUCUUGUACAUAAAACACAGUUUUGUAUGAAGAGCUAUUUUCGUCAGAAUGGUUAAAGGGGACACGUCAUGGUUGAAUCCCCCAGUUUCAAGAAUUGAAAAAAAAAGUCAAAAAUACAGUAUAUUACUUCUGAAUGGGCAAAACACAUUCCUUUCUCCUUUGUUUUGAUACUAAUUUGUCAGUUUUCUUUUUUGGAAAGGUCUUUGAUGUUGAUGUCAUUUGUUCCAUUUUUUUUUUAAGCAUCAUUUUGUAUUUUGUUGAUCCUCUAAAAAGUCAUUGCAUGCUAGCUAAAAGGGAAACGUUUGAAAGAAAAUAUGUAUGAAAAUCAAAAAUGUCCCAAAAAAAAAAAACAAACAAAAAAAAAAAACAAACAAAAACACGUUGACGGUAUCCCAAACAUUUGUUUGAGUUGCUUGUUACGGCAAUUGCUUGUGUUCAAAAGUACAUUUUCUAUGAAAAGAAAGCAAAAACUAAAAAGAUCAUUCUAACACCUUGUGCAAUAAAGCUAUCUUUCAUACGUCAUGGUUUCUGGAUGGUUUACACAUUAUCUCUGUGUUUAAAAAAAAAAA